UGCCCCUUCCCCCCCGAAGAUACUGUGAGGAUAAAGUUUAUUUGAAAAACGGGUAUCAGCAAACGCUUAGGAAAUACCUAAAUGCAUAAAUAAUGGCGUCUAGGACUUUUAAGAACCCCUUAAGUAACAAUAGUUUUCCUUUUCUCAGCGUCAUCCCUUACUUUGAGAACUACCUCUUACUAAGCAGUUACCAUGUGGCAGGCCCUGGGCAAAGCAUAAUCUUAUUGAAUUCUCCCAGCAAUCCUUUGAGGUAGAUUGGUUUUCGUUUUACAAAUGAGAAUGUGGAGUCUCCAAGGGGCAGUGCGCACCUCAAGUUACACAGCUAGGAGGUGGAACAGGAAUUGGUUGCAGGUCAGUCUCUGCAGCACGGUUUGCACAGGGCUUGGCACAGUACGAGUGCAGUGGAUGUUUGCUGCUGCUGCUGCAGCUGCUGUUACAUCUCAUUGGCUGGGGGGAAGGGCUGAUGGGGACUGUUUGGGGUUCCCUCUUCUGGAAGACCAUUCCAAAGCAGGGCAGCGUUUCUGGAAUGCCUUACGUUUUCUCUGGAACAGUCUCCGCUGAGAUUGUUCUUCUCUUCCUUGGGCUGGAAAAAAAAUAGUAGACUCAGGACUUCUUGCACCAGCCUUUUAUCUUUGGUCAAAAUCCACAUAUUAAAGUCUCAAAGUCUUGCCCUCUGCAGACUGGUUCAGCCAAACCCAGAUGCACCUGCACUCACUGGAUGCGGAGUCCCUGUCAGAUGAUGGAGAGGCUUCUUGGGAAUUGCUGCAGGAGUCCGGGGCUCAACGUCGGCAGCUCUCAUGCUCUCAGAGGUGGCUCUGAAUCUGCCCAUCAAGCAGUCCAUCCGCCAGGGGCUCCUUGCCAGAGGCCUCCACUCACUCCAGACCACUGCAGUCCAUUGCUGUCAGCUGUCAACGAAGGAUGCGAAUGCUGGCCGCUUCCUGCGGACUUCGUGUCACCCAGAGGUGAGCCCAGGCCAGGAUGGGGGACGCCAGGGACCUUUGCCCUCACCUUGACUCCAUAGGGGAGGUAACCAAAGAGGACUUGCUGCUCAAAUCUAAGGGAACCUGUCAGUCAUGUGGAGUCACCGGACCAAACCUUUGGGCCUGUCUCCAGGUCUCCUGCCCCUAUGUUGGCUGUGGAGAAUCCUUCGCUGACCACAGCACCAUUCAUGCACAGGCAAAAAAGCACAACUUGACCGUGAACCUGACCACAUUCCGGCUGUGGUGUUACGCCUGUGAGAAGGAGGUGUUCCUGGAGCAGCGGCUGGCAGCCCCUCUGCCGGGCUCCUCCUCCAAGUUCUCUGAACAGGACUCCCUGCCACCCUCCCACCCUCUGAAAGCUGUUCCUAUUGCUGUGGCUGAUGAAGGAGAGUCUGAGUCAGAGGACGAUGACCUGAAACCUCGAGGCCUCACGGGCAUGAAGAACCUCGGGAACUCCUGCUAUAUGAACGCUGCCCUGCAGGCCCUGUCCAAUUGCCCACCGCUGACUCAGUUCUUCCUGGAGUGUGGAGGCCUGGUGCGCACAGACAAAAAGCCAGCCCUGUGCAAGAGCUACCAGAAGCUGGUCUCUGAGGUCUGGCACAAGAAACGGCCAAGCUACGUGGUCCCCACCAGUCUGUCUCAUGGGAUCAAGUUGGUCAACCCAAUGUUCCGAGGCUAUGCCCAGCAGGACACCCAAGAGUUCCUUCGCUGCUUGAUGGACCAGCUACACGAGGAGCUCAAGGAGCCAGUGGUGGCCACGGUGGCGCUGACAGAGGCUCGGGACUCAGACUCGAGUGACACAGAUGAGAAACGGGAGGGUGACCGGAGCCCAUCAGAAGAUGAGUUCUUGUCCUGCGACUCGAGCAGUGACCGGGGUGAGGGUGACGGGCAGGGGCGUGGCGGGGGCAGCUCGCAGGCCGAGACGGAGCUGCUGAUCCCAGAUGAGGCAGGCAGAGCCAUCUCUGAGAAGGAGCGGAUGAAGGACCGCAAGUUCUCCUGGGGCCAGCAGCGCACAAACUCGGAGCAAGUGGACGAGGAUGCUGAUGUGGACACCACCAUGGCUGCCCUUGACGACCAGCCUGUGGAGGCCCAGCCCCCAUCACCACGGUCCGCCAGCCCCUGCCGGACGCCAGAGCCGGACAACGAUGCCCACCUACGCAGCUCCUCUCGCCCCUGCAGCCCCGUCCACCACCAUGAGGGCCAUGCGAAGCUGUCUAGCAGUCCCCCUCGUGCAAGCCCCGUGAGGAUGGCACCGUCGUAUGUGCUCAAGAAAGCCCAGGUAUUGAGUGCCGGCAGCCGGAGGCGGAAGGAGCAGCGCUACCGCAGCGUCAUCUCAGACAUCUUUGACGGCUCUAUCCUCAGCCUCGUGCAGUGUCUCACCUGUGACCGGGUGUCCACCACAGUGGAGACGUUCCAGGACCUAUCGCUGCCCAUUCCUGGCAAGGAGGACCUGGCCAAGCUCCACUCAGCCAUCUACCAGAAUGUGCCGGCCAAGCCAGGCGCCUGUGGGGACAGCUAUGCCGCCCAGGGCUGGCUGGCCUUCAUUGUGGAGUACAUCCGACGGUUUGUGGUAUCCUGUACCCCCAGCUGGUUUUGGGGGCCUGUCGUCACCCUGGAAGACUGCCUUGCUGCCUUCUUUGCCGCUGAUGAGCUGAAGGGUGACAACAUGUACAGCUGUGAGCGGUGUAAGAAGCUGCGGAACGGAGUGAAGUACUGCAGAGUCCUGCGGUUGCCCGAGAUCCUGUGCAUUCACCUGAAGCGCUUUCGGCACGAGGUGAUGUACUCAUUCAAGAUCAACAGCCACGUCUCCUUCCCCCUCGAGGGGCUCGACCUGCGCCCCUUUCUUGCCAAGGAGUGCACAUCCCAGAUCACCACCUACGACCUCCUCUCGGUCAUCUGCCAUCACGGCACGGCAGGCAGUGGGCACUACAUCGCCUACUGCCAGAAUGUGAUCAAUGGGCAGUGGUAUGAAUUCGACGACCAGUACGUCACAGAAGUCCAUGAGACGGUGGUGCAGAACGCCGAGGGCUACGUCCUCUUCUACAGGAAGAGCAGCGAGGAGGCCGUGCGGGAGCGGCAGCAGGUGGUGUCCCUGGCCGCUAUGCGGGAGCCCAGCCUGCUGCGGUUCUACGUGUCCCGCGAGUGGCUCAACAAGUUCAACACCUUCGCAGAGCCAGGACCCAUCACCAACCAGACCUUCCUCUGCUCCCACGGAGGCAUCCCGCCCCACAAAUACCACUACAUCGACGACCUGGUGGUUAUCCUGCCCCAGAACGUCUGGGAGCACCUGUACAACAGAUUCGGGGGUGGCCCCGCCGUCAACCACCUGUACGUGUGCUCCAUCUGCCAGGUGGAGAUCGAGGCGUUGGCCAAGCGCAGGAGGAUCGAGAUCGACACCUUCAUCAAGCUGAACAAGGCCUUCCAGGCCGAGGAGUCGCCGGGCGUCAUCUACUGCAUCAGCAUGCAGUGGUUCCGGGAGUGGGAGGCGUUCGUCAAGGGGAAGGACAACGAGCCCCCCGGGCCCAUUGACAACAGCAGGAUUGCACAGGUCAAAGGAAGCGGCCACGUCCAGCUGAAGCAGGGAGCUGACUACGGGCAGAUUUCAGAGGAGACCUGGAACUACCUGAACAGCCUGUACGGAGGCGGCCCCGAGAUCGCCAUCCGCCAGAGCGUGGUGCAGCCGCCGGGCCCAGAGAGCCUGCACGGGGAGCAGAAGAUCGAAGCCGAGACCCGGGCAGUGUGAUUUGCUGGGCUAGUCUCCCUGUGUGCCCCCCCCCGCGGAAGGCGUGUUUGUGCCCAGAAGAGAGGCCGGGCCACUGCAGAACCCCGCUGUGUAAAGAGGCAAAAAAGUUGGUUUGGUUCGCAGUGAGUAACGCUGCAACUGGAAAACGUGCACUUCAGGCUUGUUUAAACGACCAAGACUCUGUGACGUUAAUUUGGGUUUUUGUCCUGGCAGUGCUCCUGCCAGUCACUGUCAUCAUUGUGUCCCCCACAACUGUCCUCUUACUAGCUCGGCCCAGCUUUGUUCCUGGAGCCCGAUGCUGCCCCCCUCAGGCAGAGGAUGCGUCUGGGGCCAGAGUCAGGGAGUAGCUGCUGCUUCACAGCGUUGCCACCGUUUCUGCCGCCACCGUUUCUGCCAUGAGAUUGGCCCUGAUCCCCAAAGACUGGAGGGAGCUGCUCCGGACUGGUGAGCGCAGCCAGAAGCCCUGGCCAGUGAGGAGCUCACAGGUCCUCCCUGAUGGUCCCGCCGCACCCCUGCAUCUCCUGGGCGUCACCAGGAAGGCUCUGAAGUCCCAGGCUGCUUUCAGCACUUUUCCUGCAGACUGGAGACUCUGGACUCAUUGCUGAUUGGAAUGCCAGGAGGAGGGUGGAUUUCUGCCAGUGGGGGACAUUUCUGGAGGCAGCUGGUCCCCCACACCGCAUCCUGCUGAGCCUGCCCCUGGAUUGGCUGUACUUUGCCUGGAAGUUCAGCAGUUCAUCUUCAUGGGAAAUUUGCUGAGCCCCCACCAGGGAACCGGAUGAUGAAACAGGGAUACCUCACAGCGCUGCCAUUUGCUGCAAAGGCAGCUUCCCGGGCCGACGCUAGAGAAGACAGACUUCCCCUUCCUCCCAGCACCAGCAGUGCAGAGCCCACCUGGAAGCGUGUGGGGGGCGUGCAGGGGGCAGCGCUCAGGCGGAUCCUGGGAAGCGGCCUCUGGAUGCUGAGUGGAAGGACCCAGUGAGCACAGCAAGGCACCAAAGCCCCUGGAGAAACCGCCAGAGCGAGAUGCGGCCGUCGUCAGGGUCACAGCAGAUGGCGCGUGGGUGGGGAAGGGGCUCUGGGACCAGACCCCCACACCUCUGUGGUCAUCAGUCUCUGUAGAAGCAGAUGGUGGUGGAAAUUCCAGCAGGUGGGUCCGGCAGAGGCCCCGAGGCCUCACUUUUCGGAUCUUCUCUCCCAGAUCCUGCUCCCUCCCGGCUGAGCCUGGGUUCCCUGGCAUUGGCCCCAGCCUUCUGAAAGCUGCUGCUGCAGCCAGAGGCCGCACGCUGCACUGUCACCACGCAGCUGUGCAGGCUGGGAUCGGGCCCCACCUCUGUGCUGUCUAGUUUGUGUUCAGAAUGUCAGAAUAAACACAGAAUAAACAUUCCCACAGCCACA